UCUCUCUGUUGUCGUCCUCGGCUCAUGGUUCUGCCUCCCUAUCGGAUGGCGGAGUUCGUGGUGCCGCGGCACAGCGCGGUAAUGGAGCGGCUCCGCCGGCGGAUCGAGCUGUGCCGGCGGCAUCACAGCGCCUGUGAGUCCCGCUACCAGGCCGUGUCUCCUGAGCGCCUGGAGUUGGAACGCCAACAAACCUUCGCUCUUCAUCAACGCUGCUUGCAGGCCAAGGCCAAGCGAGCUGGGAAGCACCGCCAGCCGCCCCUUCCUCCCCCGGCAGCACCCCCGCCAGCCGCCCCGUCGCAGCCUCCUUCCUCUGCUCCAGCUCCUGGUUCCGUGGGCUCUGCCUCUACCUCCACUUCUUCCGACAGGCCUGGAAUCAACGGCCUGGACGCCGACACCGCGGGCGGUGAACAGCAGCAACAGCACGGCCGUAGCAGCGCCCUCAUUGCGCAGCUUCAUGAAACAGUGAAAAGGAAGCUUGAUAGUUCUGUUUCCCCUCAGAAUGGUGACCAGCAGAAUGGCUAUGGGGACAUGUUUUCUGUGUCCAAGAAAUUACGGCAUGAUGAUAGUCUUGGUGGGUUGAGUGGCUCCUCCAACGGAAUUCCUCCUGUAUCACCUCUGCACCAGCUUGACAGCAAACCUCCCAGUGGGGACACUUUACAGCUUAAUGGAAAACAUUCCAUGGGGCUAGAUGGCAUCAGCAAAAAGUGUCUGCCGGAUUCUAACCUUCAGCUAAAUGGAAGCAGUGAUGCUGAUGACUCGUUUGCUAUGGUUAUUAACAAGGAGCUCAAACAAGAACCAGAUGAUCUUCCCUGUAUGAUUACAGGACCAGGAAGCUCUAUAUCUCAGAACAAUUUGAUGUCUGAUCUUAACCUUAAUGAGCAAGAGUGGAAGGAGCUCAUUGAUGAACUUAACAGGUCAGUGCCUGAGGAGGACAUGAAAGAUCUAUUUACUGAAGACUUCGAGGAAAAGAAGGAUGUUGAUUCUUCAAACUCAGCUGCACAAACUCCAUUACCACAAGACAUCAUUAUAAAGACUGAAUUUUCCCCAGCAGACUUUGAACCAGAGCAGAUGGGAUCUCCACAAGUCAGGGCUAGUUCUGCUGGCACAACAUUCAUUGGUACCUCUUCUGUCCCUGUUAGUGCAGCUUCUCCAGCUGUUAGUAAUUCUCAAACUAUGUUUCAGCCGUCCAAUCAGUCAGUGACUGAAAAUCCCAACCAAUCCAUGAUGCAGCCAUCAAACCAGUCUCCAAAUGUGCAGAGGCCUCUACCUAGUUCAUUGUUAUCUGGACAAAGUACAGGGGGUGCCAAAGAGAUGUCAUCUGCAAAACAGCUUCAGCAGAUAGCUGCCAAGCAGAAGAGAGAUCAGUUGUUACAGAACCAGCAGCAGGUCCACCAACCCAACCAGAUUUCUAGCUGGCAGCAGUCUGGAUCUUCUCACAGUCCAUUGGCUGUCCCAUACACUAUGGAAAAUCCCACUAGCCCUUCAAUUUACCAACAGGACUUCAGUAACCAGAAACUCAUGAUGUCUAGUAUGCCAAACAAGAGUUCUCCCAGGGCUGGAGGUAAUUAUCAUGGUGGAAAUAUAUUAAGCCAUCAGCCAAAUAGCUUGAACCAGAACUCUGUGUCUAAUCAAAGCUCUGUGCUAGACUACGGGAAUACAAAACCUCUUUCACAUUAUAAAGAAUGUGGCCAAGGGGUUACAAUACCAGGCCAGAACAAGCCCCCUAUGUUGGCAUAUAUGCCGCAGCGCCAGCAACCUACACUGCCUCAUAUGAGCGAUGAGCAGAAUGGGAUGUUUGUGAUGAAGAAGUCUGGAAGUAUUGCUUAUAGGCCUCUAGGACCACACAGCCAGGAUCAAAAUCCUUCUGCUGGUGUUCCUCGCAUUCCUGUUUCUGUUCCUGGCCCUGGUGUGAACGCACAGCCUCCUAAUGUUUCCAUGGCAGGUAACCAUGGCAACACAGCCUAUCUCAACAGUCAGCAACAAGCAGCUGUAAUGAAGCAGCACCAAAUGCUACUAGAUCAGCAGAAACAGAGGGAACAGCAACAGAAGCAUUUGUUAAUGGAACAACAGAAACAGUUUCUAAUGGGACAGAGGCAACUUCUUGCUGAACAGGAGAAGCAAAGACACCAUCAGGAGCAACAGCUCCAGAGGCAUCUAACUCGACCACCCCCUCAGUACCAAGAUCAGACACAGAAUCCAUACCAACAGCAGGUUGGACAGUUCACAGGCUCAUCUCCAGCAAUGGCAGGGGUAAACAAUUUAGGCCAGUCCAACUCCAGUAGUCCACGCAUAUUUUCUCAAACUCAGAACAUGAUCCAGAUUGGAACUGGGCACAGUUCUGUCUCAACAAGUGGUGGUCAGCAGGAUAGAGGAGUACCUCAGUAUACUGGCCUGCAGAACAUUCAGCGAAGUAAUUUGUAUAACAUGGCAUCAGGUAUGACACAAAUGGUCCCACAGCAUGCAACUACAAGUGCCAAUGGACAGCCACAGAUGCAAAGACAACCCAGUUUGGCUCAGGGUACGGCUCUUCCUGCUGGAUAUGGACAGAGCACCCUAGGAAAUUCAAGCAUUUCUCAACAACACAAUAAAGGAGCACUGAAUCCUACAUUAUCCAAACCCCAGAUGGCAAGAAUGCCAACAGCUAUUGGAGCCCAAAAUCCAUCAUGGCAACACCAAGGUAUAUCAAAUAUGAACAACCAGGCACAAGGAAAUAGUGGUUUAGGGACAUUUACUGCCAGCUCCACUUUCCACAUGCAGCAGACCCACCUAAAAUUGACCAGUCAACAGUUUGCGCAAGGGAUGCCUCAGGUAAGCCUCAACACCAGCAGGCCAAUGGCUUCUAUGAACUCAGCCGUCUCUGGACAGAUGUUGUCAUCCAUAGGUGCCCAGCAGAGGACAAACUCUUCCAACCAGCAGCCGGUCCCAUCACAACAGGUCUUGCCAGGUAUGAGUCAGGCUGUCCCAGAUCUGUCUUCUUUCAGCCAGAAUCAGAGCCAGCAACUGCCCAACAGAGGCAAUCUGCACUGUAGCCAAGGGUAUCCAGUGAGGACAGCCAGUCAGGAAAUGCCCUUUGCCUACAACAGUCCAUCUGGGGGCAAUGGACUACAGAGCUUAACCGGGGAUACAGAUCUCAUAGACACUUUGUUGAAAAACAGGACUUCAGAAGAGUGGAUGAAUGAUCUGGAUGAAUUGUUGGGAAAUCAUUAAAAUGAUGAUUGGUGUCUAUCCUUGAAUCUUUUUUUAAUUACAAACUAUCUUUGGACCAAAUACCUGUGGCAUUAAGAAGAUUCACAGGCACUAGUGGGAAUGUAUUGGAGUUGCUCCCUUCUGGGUCUAACAACGUGAGAAGGAUGCACCAGUUUAAAUAGCUUGGUCAUUUUUUGUUGCGUGUCUGGAACACUGCACAUGAAUAUAAUCCCAAUUGGUAUGUUGUAUACCCCAGCCAGCCCUUUAGAAAUUUCACUUUAACAGUGUUUUGCAUUUUGAAGAUUUAAAUGCAAACCCAUGCAGUUGUGGUGCGGAAAGUUAAGCCAGCAAUGAAGACUCCAUAUAUAUUCAGUGUUAAGGCAAUCUUUCUUGCAAUUAAUACUUGACAGGUUUCUAGAUCCUAGUUUGGCCUGCUAACCAGUGAAAGUAAUACCCUUCCAACUUUUUUCUGAGGAAAGAAUGUGUAGCCCUUGUUCCUUUGCAGGAUCCUCUCUUAUUUUGAGAGGGCAAUCUUCUAGUCACCAGUGAUGUGUGCGCCUGCAUUCUCAGCAAACAAGAUGUGAGCAUUCACAGUAAUAGUGAAGGGUUUCUGUGUUGGAGAUUGUCAAGCGUUAAAACAUGUCCAGCAGUAGGUUCCUAUGGACUUAAACUGGGGAACUCAGUCUUAAUUGGCUUAUGGCUUACUAAGUUAAACAAUUUGCACUCUGCUGUGGAGGGAGACUGAGCUCUUGGUUUUUAGAGGAUUUUUUUUUUAAUUGGAGAAUCGGACUUCAAAUCAAGUGUGUGCACUUUUUCUAUCUCCUUUCCAGCAUUCAUUAAAUGAGAGUCGAAUUAAUCCUCUCUUAUUCAGAGGCCAUUUAUAAUUAGCAAUGUUGUUGUCACACACAUGCUGUACCAAUAAGAACAGGAUCUAGUUCUUUUGGUCAAGUAUGUGAAGCAGCCCUUGUGCCUUGGAAGUCGUUACUAACAUGAAAACAUUUGCAAUAAUGGCACAGGGAGCUGGGGGAGGCAUAAUACUUUAAUAAAGGUUGUUCCAUUGUGAGAUUCCCCCCCCCUUUCCGGGAAAAAUAGUGAUUUGAUCUCUAUAAAUAUAUAGAAUAAUCUCCAGUGAAGCAGAUGCUGCUAUUUCAUCGUUGUCCAUGGAGAUACUUUCAUGGAUGUGUUGGGUCAGUCCCAUACAGGGCAAGGAAAAGAGAAUUGUUCUUAACGUUUUACCAAAAAAUUCUUCUGCUUGCCAACAAGCCACCUUUUGCCUUAACCUUUAGUUUAUAAGGGUGAUAAAUUUGAAAGUUGUUUUAGAUGCACAGAUACCUCUCUGUUCCCUACUCUGGGUUUGGUUUUGUUCUUUGAUGAACAGGACUAUUUACCUCCUGUUACAAGGAUCCUUAAUUUACUACAUCACACCUGCAACUGAAAAUCAAAGAAUUUCCUUCACAUCCAGCACAUUCAGGAGCUACACAAGAAAAGUGUGAAGAUUUAAGUCUGGGAUAUUUUAGGCAGGGGAACAGUUAAGGGAUAAAACAGUUGAACCAUAGGAAAGAAAGGACAUAUUUUACUGUAUCUGCAGUGUUUUCCUCAAAUGUGCACUUUGGAAAAAAAAUCUGCUUUAACACUACUUUUUUUUUAAUUUAAUCUUUCCCAUUGGUUUUGUUUUAUAUACUUGCCGCCCAUGAGCAAGUUCCAUAUGCCGUGCUAAACAGAUUUUUGUAUUGUAUCUUGAACUGUUGAUGGGGAAUAAAUGGUAAAAGCUGCAUGGUGAUGAGUGGGUCCACUGCUGAAUGUCCAAACUGAAGCAAUUUGCAUUACUUGUAUAUUUUCUAAGAGGUGGUUAAUUUAAUGAAUGAAAAAUAGGUGUUACUGAAAUUGUAAGUGAAUUAGAUUAGAGUGAAAUUUACUAAUCUUUUCCAUAAGUCAGCAGUUGAGUGAAAUUGUUUCAGUGAGCUUGGUUUAAUCAAAGAAUUGGUCUAAGAUGAACGUCAUCAGGAAAAUUUCCUUUUAAUCUUUGUAGCUGCUUUUUUGGCCAGGGAAGGGGUUGGGGGGGGGGAGUCAAAGUGGAGAUAACUGUACUCAUUUUGUAAACAUUUAGAAUUUUGCACCAGUGUGCCUUCCUUUUCUUAUUGGAGGUGCUUGGGGACCUCAUAGUUCUUAACUGUCUGGGUUCUGCUGAUUUCCCCCUUCGGCACACUGAAAAAUAACAGAUUUUAUGGAAUUAAAUGAUAUUAAAUUCUAGAUGGAUUUCCCAACUAGAAUCUAGGUUAAAGGAAAAUUCAACACCUUUCUAAUGCUACAAUCAGAAUUUGAUGUCCAGUAAAAGGCUGAUAAUCUCCUCCCUAUCUUUGUUGUAGUUAUAUAGGGCUUUGUCAACUGUAGGCCUAUGCUGUUUGACUUAUCCAGAUAAAGCAAAUUGUUAAGCAAACUGGCCUAGAAUGUUUUUGGACUGGGAUGUGAAAACAAAUCCUUUUAAACUUGGAUUUAAGAACUUUUAAAUUCUUGCACACUGUCCAUCCAUAAUUGUUCAGACCUUUAAAAUGUAGCAUUGGUGGAACAAUAUUGAUGCGGAAUUUAGUUAUCAUUGGACACGGAGGCUGGGUUGGGAAAGGCCAAGUGCUGUCCUUCCGUCACUUGCAGCAGUUCAUAAAUGGAUAUAUGCACUUCAGCUUUCCAUUUGCUGCAGCUUCAGAGCAAUAAGAUGUGGCUCCGCUGAGCUUUACCUAGCCUGCUGCCUCAGCUUUAUUUAUAGACUAUGGUCACGGACAGGUGAGGUGGUGUGAAAAUGUCACUGUUCAACACCCACUGCCUUCCAAGAACCCCACAACUCAAUUGAAAGGGUGCUCAGUUUUCUAUUCUACACAUUUUCUUUGUGUAAAUAAAUGUUUACAGUUUUAUAUUAAAAGAUUAAAUAAGAGUUAGAUCUUCUGAGUGUAUAUUUUUUACUUUUUAUAGAUUUUAAAACUAUAAUUCUUUAUAUAUAUGUUGGGGGUGGUUAUGAUACGUUUUACACUUGUUUAAAUUGUGAACAGUUCAGAUUUGAUGCUAACCUGUUUUGUCAUUGAAAUGUAUAGAGCCCAUUAAUCUCAUCUUUCUUUAAUUACAAUUACUGUGGCACACCAAAAAGAAAUCUUUCAUUUCUGUUAUGUCAUUAUAAAAAAUAAAUAUUUUGCUAGUGU